CCUUAUCAAUACUUCACCCCAUGCAGCAUUUUCUCUUCUUAAUUGUACAACCAUGACUUUCAAUUUUCUCCAGUUCAACAUUCUUUUCUUUUUUGUACUGGGAACCUCAACAACUUUCGUAUACUCAUUUUCAAACAAUGUCACUGAUCAACAGGCUUUGCUUUCUUUCAGAUAUUCAAUAACAGAUGAUCCGUCUGGUGUGCUAAACUCAUGGAACAAUUCUAUCCACUUCUGUCAUUGGGCAGGCGUUACAUGCAGCCGCAGAAGACAGAGGGUAACAGCACUCAACCUCUCCUCAUUAGACUUGGGGGGUACAUUGUCUCCUCACACUGGAAACCUCUCACUUCUAAGGUCAAUUUCCCUCCACAGAAACCGUUUUCAUGGCUUGAUUCCAAAUGAAAUUGGCCGACUGGUACGCCUGCAAUAUCUUAAUCUGGGAAACAACUCUUUUCAAGGUGGAUUUCCUGCCAAUCUGCGUCAUUGCAGAGAUAUCAGAUACAUCAAUAUGGAUGGCAAUGAUCUUCAAGGGAAUAUAUCAUCCCUUCGUCGUCUUCUUUUAAGUACUAACUAUCUGACCGGGGAAAUACCUGUGGAACUGUCUCAUCAUGCAAAAUUAGAGAUUCUUGAUUUGCAAGUAAAUAGUUUGUCGGGUAUGGUUCCCCUCCCACUUUACAACAUUUUAUCCCUCUAUAUACUUGGUCUAAAUAAUAAUGUAUUAAAAGGAUCAUUUCCAUCAUAUUUGGGCCUAACCCUUCCAAACUUGCAAGGGCUCUAUGCUUCGCAAAAUAGAUUUUCAGGGCCACUUCCACCAUCAAUUGUUAAUGCGUCCAAUCUCGUUCUUUUUGAUGUCCAGAACAACAGUUUUACUGGGCCUAUACCAAACAAUUUGGGUACCCUUCCUAAUCUUCAAAUUCUAGAUCUGGGUUUUAAUCCUCUUGGAGAUAAUAUUCUGCCUAAUGACUGGAAAUUUUUCAAUUCCCUGGUUAAUUGCACCCAACUAAACGAAUUGGACUUACACGAGAGUAGUUUAAGGGGGGAGCUCCCUAAUUCCAUUGCAAAUCUCUCCACUACUAUGGAACGCUUGUAUAUGCAGGAUAAUUCCAUAUACGGAAGCAUAGCUCCUGAAAUUGAGAAACUUGUCAACUUGAUAUAUCUUGAUUUCAGAGACAACUUCUUAACGGGGAGCAUUCCACAAUCAAUUGGAAAGCUAUCAAAGUUAGGUGGUCUAUAUUUGAGUGGAAACAACAUUUCAGGAGUAAUUCCAACUUCCAUCAGCAACAUUACUCAAUUAUUCGCUCUCGCUGUACAAAAUAAUCAGCUCGAAGGAAGCAUACCUACUCAAUUGUUUAACAUCUCAACUCUAGGGGAAGUAUCGCUGGCUCACAACAGACUUAGAGGUGCAAUACCUGACGAAAUUGUGUUCAUUUCCACUUGUGUUUACCUUGAUUUGUCCCGAAAUCUAUUCUCCGGCCCACUUACACCCAAUAUUGGAAGCUUGAAACAUUUGUCUGUAUUAGAUCUUUCAUACAACAAACUAAUAGGAGAUGUACCAGCUACUCUCGAUGGAUGUUUGAUGUUGGAAGAACUAUAUAUGGCAGGAAACCUUUUGCAAGGUAAAAUUCCAUCAUCUUUCAAAAUUUUGAAAAAUCUCGCAUUCCUUGAUCUUUCCAAUAACAAUAUCUCUGGGAGUAUUCCAAACUAUUUUGGUGGGUUUCGGCAAAUUAUAUUUCUUAACUUGUCACACAACAAACUUGAAGGUGAAGUUCCUGAAGAAGGUCUUUUUUCAAAUGUUAGUGCCUUUUCAAUUAUUGGAAAUUUGGAGCUUUGUGGAGGUAUUCAAGUAUUGCAUUUGCAUGCUUGUCCUAGAAAAGUCUCGAGGAAUAAGAAAAAAGCAUUUGCCUUGAGGAUAAUAGUAAUUGCAGUUCUUGUACCCCUUGGUCUCUUGUUUGCAUGCAUUGCCUUAAUUUUCUAUCGACGUCGAAACUCCAAGAAGUUGAAUGAACCCGUCCCAGUAUUGAAGGAUGAUCGAUAUCCCCGAUUUUCAUAUCAAGACCUUCUACGAGCUACAAAUGAGUUUUCUCCGGACAAUUUGAUCGGUGAAGGAAAAUACGGCUCCGUUUACGAAGGAACUCUUGAAUCAAUUGAACAUAUAGUUGCUAUCAAGGUACUAAAUGUUGAAGUACAUGGAGCAAGCAAGAAUUUUUUGGCAGAGUGUGAAACACUGAGGAGCGUUCGUCAUCGGAAUCUUAUCAAGAUCAUCACAGCAUGCUCUAGCACUGACUUCAAGGGAAAUGACUUCAGGGCAUUGGUUUUUGAGUUCAUGAUAAAUGGGAGUCUAGACAACUGGUUGCAUCCAAGUCUUCCCAAUCAGGGAAAUAUAAGAAAUUUGUCUCUACUCCAGAGGCUAAAUAUUUCCAUUGAUGUUGCGUUGGGAGUGGAUUACUUGCAUCAUCACAGUCAUGCAAGUAUCAUUCAUUCUGACAUAAAGCCAAGUAAUAUUCUUCUUGAUGAGGGUUUUGUUGCUCGUAUUGGGGAUUUUGGUUUGGCGAGGUUCGGCUUUUCUACUACUACAAGUGACAUCAAUAGAGCACGAAUGAGUUCAACCGGUGUACGUGGUACAGUUGGAUAUGUUCCUCCAGAGUACGGCAUGGGCGUUGAGAUAUCUGCAAAGGGAGAUGUAUAUAGCUACGGAAUCCUGCUGCUAGAAAUGUUUUCAGGAAAACGACCGACAUGUAGCAGCGCACUGCUGGAAAAUUGUAGUAAUCUUCAUGACUAUGUGAAGAAAGCACUCCCGCAAAGCGUGAUGAACAUCACUGACCCACGAAUAAAAACAGAAGAAGAAGAAGAUGGUUCGGAAAAAAAACAUUCACACAGAAAGGCUAACGUAGCAGCAUGCCUGACAUCUGUAUUUGAAGUGGGGAUACUAUGUUCAGUUGAAAUUCCGAGAGACCGCAUUGACAUCAGUGUAGCUAUCAAGCAGUUACAUGUGGCAAGAGACAAACUUUUACAGUGCAAGCAGUAACCCAUCUGAGUGUUGAAAUGUGUAUACGUGUUGGAUAGCCCAAGUGGUGGGUUUAUCCUCUGUUGUUCCGGGAGACCUGGGUUCGACUUUGUCUCAUCCGAAAAGUAUUAGAACAGAUACUAAUUUGUAAGGCAUAUAAGCUUGCAUUGUCAAAAAAAGAGACAACUCAGAAUCUUACUUGUGCUACUCUGUAUCUCUGCUUUUCCUAU